AUGGAUGAUGGAUCGUAAAUGUCAUAAAACCUGUUGUUUUUAGUAUCAAAUUUCUAUUAUUUUUUUUGUCUUAUUAUGGUUUAAAAUACUCCACAUACAACUUGGAACUGAAAAUUAUGAAAGCCCGUUACUUGUUAUUUUUUUCGUAUAUAGGUACUACCUUUAGAUCAUCUGAAAAACUAUGGAUAAAAAUGGGUCGGCAGUACCCUGACCCAGAAAGUGUUCAAGGUAUUAUGGAAAUCGCGUUAUUAAAGUUUAAGUCUGAAAAUUACCCAGCAGUUAAUCUUUCAAGCCGCACAGAUGGUGGAGUUCAUGCCCUCAACACAUCUGCCCAUAUUGAUCUUGUUCCUAGAUCUGGUGCUAAGCUGUUUCACCAAGACACAAUUCCUUAUGAACUUAAUAAGUAUUUUCUUAAAAGGGAUAUAAGCAUAUUUGUAAAAGAAGCCAUAAGAGUAAAUAAUGACUUCAGUGCCAGAAGAAAUGCAAUCAGCCGGACAUACUUAUACAGGUUUGCAGUUCUCAGAGAAGGUUUAUCAGAAAAAGUAAGUAUCGGUCAAUACAUACCUGUUGAAGAAUGGAAACGAUGUUUGUUUAUUAGGCCAAAACAAUUUGACAUAGAGAAGUUUAAAGAGGCUGCAAAAUAUUUUGAAGGGUACCACGACUUCACAACAUUCAAGAAGUUUGACAAACUGAAACAGCACAAGCAUAAUAGAAGAUAUAUUUAUUCUAUUAAUGUGCGACCAGGGCAACCAAUUGUUACAAGCUACACCAAUACCCAAACUCGUAAUUUUGACUAUUGGGACGUUGAAAUAAAAGGACAUUCAUUUGUGCAUAACCAGAUACGGCGUAUGGUUGGAUCUCUUAUUACUGUGGCAAGUGGUAAAAUAGAACCAAAGGACAUAAAGUUAAUGCUUCAAAUACCCUCAAAACAUUCAUGGAUCAGUCAGAUUACAUCUAUUCCACCCAAUGGACUUUAUCUUUGUAAUGUUGAGUAUAAACCUGAGGAUUUAAUAUAUAAUUCUAAAAAUGACAAUGAAAUAGUAUCCGGAAACUAAAGGACUCUUAUAAUUUGGAUUAAUAUUACUCAAUAAAAUCCAAUAACCAAAAACAACAUAACAGGUGAGGUUAUAGUAAAAUUAAAAUCAAU